UAUCAUAUUUUUAGUUCAUUUAGCAGUACAAUGAGUGUAGUUGAAAGCGAAAAUUAUCCUGCUCGAAACGGAGACGUCGAAUCUGAUCCUAAGCUGCAUCAAAGAUGUUUGAAAUGGAGAAACAAGGCCAUCACAGCGUCUUCAUACGUACGUUUCAUGUUGGAGGAAAUGAAGAAGUUGGGUUGUGAAGUAAACAUGAAGAGACAUCUUGUUUGUGAACCUUGUUCUGGAAGAGUGCUUGGAGGAUUUGAUCAUCGUCGACAGCAGAUAGUUUUAUGUGAAAACACCAUCUACUCGGAAACAUGCAUGAGUGAAGUGUUAACCCAUGAGCUGAUCCAUGCAUAUGACUUCUGUCGAUACAACACAAACUUUAGUGAUGUCAAGCAUCUAGCCUGUUCUGAAAUUAGAGCUGCUAACCUUAGUGGAGACUGUUUUUUCUGGAAAGAAAACUUUGGCAGAUUUAAGUUUGGAUGGAAGAAACACCAACAGGCUUGUGUGCGUGAAAGAGCGGUCAACUCAAUUUUAUGUGUCAAAGACAUAGAAAAAAGCGAGGCUGAAAAUGUUGUUGACAGUGUGUUUGCAAGUUGUUUCUACAAUACAGAACCAUUUGAACAUGUACCACCAUGACUGUAUGUACCAUAAAUUGUUGGCAGAGUUACAGUUUUCAAUACUAUUUAUGAAGAUAACAGCA